AUGGCCGUCUUCAUGGCCCUUAUCAUCCCUCUCCCCUUCGUCGUCAAGCGGAAGAUUUUCACCUUCAUCUCGGAAAGUCCGGUAGUAGCGAAAUUGCAAUAUGGUUUAAAAAUUACGUUCAUCUUCAUCCUCAUCCUCUUCAUUGACAGCGUCAACCGCGUCUACCGUGUGCAGCUUGAGCUGUCCACUUUCAGCAAGGAGGGUGCUAUGGGACUUGGAGGAGCGGCUGCUCUUGGUACCGAUCGUAUGGAAGUCCAGGCCCGCAAGUUCUACUCCCAGCGUAACAUGUAUCUCUGCGGUUUCACCCUCUUCCUCUCCCUGAUCCUCAACCGCACCUACACCAUGAUCCUCGAAGUCCUCCGUCUUGAGGACAGAGUCAAGACCCUCGAGGGUGACAAGAAGGCAGGUGGCAAGGACUCUGCCCGUCUGGCUCAGGCCGGUGACGUUGGCGAGAUUGGCCGUCUCAAGGAGAAGCUGGCCGCCAAGGACCGUGACCUUGAGACCCUGAAGAAGCAGUGUGAGGGACUCACUCGUGAGUACAACAACCUGGGUGACCAGGUUUCUGGCAGCAAGGACGAGGCCCCCAAGAAGGAUCAGUAG